AGGUGACAUUGUAAGCAUGUAGGCUAAUAUUGGAAGUACUUGUAAACGUGGAUGGACCCUCAAGUUGGGAAGAAUGAGCAUUACUUUGAAGGAAAUAGAAUUCUGCUCAUUACUAGAAAACAAAUUUUUUGUGGAGAUGGACUUAAUAGAGGUGUUGCAGUUCUUGUGACUGAUACUACGUCGGGAUGCCCGUCUUUGCCUUUAAAUUUUAUUGAGCCUGGAACAGCAGUUAUGCAGAAUCUGCCAUCCAUAGUAUGUGGAAGAGUCCUGGAUCCUAAACCAGGAGAAGUAAUUUUAGACAUGUGUGCUGCUCCAGGAAAUAAAACUACUCAUUUAGCAGCUUUAAUGAAUAAUAUGGGAAUCAUCAUAGCUUUGGAUAGAUCUGCAUCACGAAUAUUAAAGCUACAAGAACUUUGCAAAGAGCUAUCAGUCACUAAUGUGUUGUCUUUUGUAUGCAAUUCAGUCAAAUCUGUUAAUAUGCAGAUGAAAAUCCCACUUGAUGGCCAGUGUGAUCCCCAAUAUUUUGAAACUGGUCCUCCUUUCUCACCAUGUUGUUUUGAUAGAAUUUUGCUUGAUGCUCCUUGCAGUGGGCUUGGUCAAAGACCCAAACUAGAUCAUAUAAAUAUGAAACAUAUUGCCUCUUUACCUCCCUUGCAAAAGAAGCUUUUUGAAACGGCUGUGAAGUUGUUGAAAGCAGGAGGAAUUUUGGUCUAUAGCACUUGCACUGUAGUUGUUGAGGAAAAUGAAGGGAUUGUACGCUGGGCUCUUGACCGAUUUCCUUGUCUUGAACUUGUUCCUGCUGAACCUCGACUAAGCUAUUUUGCUGAUUCUGAGGAUUUAUUUAACAACACCCUCUCAGCCUCUGAGUGGAAAUGUGUUCUGAAGUUUGUGCCAAGUGUAAGUGAAUCAUUUGAAGAAAAUGCUUGUGAAAGAGACACUAUUGGAUUUUUCAUAGCUCGGUUCAAAAAGUUAAUGUGAACAUUGUUUCACAUUUUCUUUUGAAAUUGAUAAGUUUAAUUGGGGUAUUUUUGUCUCUUGGGAAAGAAAGAAUAUGUGUGAAUUCUUUCGUCAAACCGACUGUAUUUAUUUUGUGUCUACCUCUUUAUUUGCUGCUGUUAGUUACAUUUAUUAAAAUAUGCUUUUUCUAACAGAACUCAAUUUAUAUUCAGUAAUUGUAUGUAGGUGUUUAAGUUUAAUUCCACCAUAAAGUAAUUGUGCUCUAGUUUUUGUUCAAUUUUAAAAAUGUAUUUGAUGAUAUUAGGAAUUUCUCGUGAUCUUAGUUAUUCAUCAUAUUUCUAUUUUAAUCCGCUUGUGGGGAAUCUUGAGUACAAUAUUAAGUCACUUUCUUUCACAGGAACUGCUUAUGUAAUCUCAUGUACCUCUGGAUUAUACAUCAAUAUAAUAUGAAAUUGCUCUAUUAUCUGUUUCACUUAGUACAACUUAUACAAUCUAGAGAACAGUUGUGAAGUCUGAGAAUUGUACCAGGAUUACUUUUGACAUUGUUUUGCAACUAGUCAUUAUAUUUUAAUUUUCAAGACUAGCUCCUCCCCCAUCCCCCCUCUCCCCUGUAUUCAUAAUUUUUAACGCAGUUUACUUCUUCAGUAUGUAUGUUGUUAGGAUGUUGGGAUAUUCUUGUAACUUUUUCACUAACCUCUGCCUCUAAAUUUAAUCAAGAAGUAGGAAGCCUUUCUUGUCACCUGCAGUAUAUUUCUCUGACCCUGUGACUACACGAUAUUUGGGGCAUUUAAGUCUGAGCAGCACAAGCAAUCUGUGUACUAUUCAUAGGAGCAUGUUUAAUCUGGAAGUGUAGUCCGUAUCUUGUACUGAUUUAAUCAUCUCCUUAAAUCAAUCUACUCUGAAUGAAUGGGGUAUGCUGUCAUAUAUUUUGUGGUGUAGCAACUCAACACUACAGUUUCUACCACUUGUGAAAAUGUAAUGGAGUAAUUAUAUCUGCUUUAAACAUGACAGAGGGUUUUGCUAAUAUUUUGUGAUACAUAUCGAAUCGAGUUGUGUCUUCACUUAGGUUCUCAUGUCAAAUUGUCCAAUGAUAAUAGAGGUGUUCUGUACGAUUGGGCUCAAUCUAUAUUUUUACUUGCUUGGGAAAUGCCAAAACUAGGUUGAAAUACUUUUGCUUUUUAUUCAGUUAUUGUAAUCACAAUUACUCAGAGAACAGCUUGGAUACGGGCUGAGAUAGAGUUCAAAUUUUAUGGUGUUGUCUAAUGGACAAUUUUUACGUUCAGCUACAAAAUUGUGUGAUGACUGACAGCAAAAUUCUUAACGCUGUACUUUCAUUGGCAGUGGCUGUGAUUGUAGUAUGUUCUCCACUCUAUUUAGAUUUUGUUUGCUACAAGCUUAUUUUCUUGGAAAAAUGCUGAUUUAUUUUAUUAAAAUCACUGUUUAUUAUUUAUUAGACUGCAUUGAGAAUUACGAAAAUUCAUUGUAUGGUAUGUUUUGCUGCUCUUUAUGUUUCAAUAACAGUGAAGAAGCCUUAAA